AUGUGCCAAAGUGGAUCUAAGGAUAAUGAUGUAAAAAUAGAUAACAAUAGUGAGGAAAAAAAUAAUAUUAUAAAAAGAAAUACAAAAGAAAUGUCUUUUUUAUCACCUUAUCUAUUGUUACAAAAAUGUGAAGAGUAUAACAAUAUAAAAAAGAAAAGAAAUGAUAGUGAUUUGUUACGACGAAGAUAUAAUUCAAGGAUGAAAUCUGGUAUAUCAAGAUUAUAUGAACUUCAACCAGAUCCUUAUGAUGCAACACAAAGAAAAUGUAUGAGAGUUUGUGUAUUUACGGAAGUUAAAAAUGUAAAUGAAUUAAUGGAAAUGGUUAGAACAGGUGAAAUUGAUGCUGCUUUAAUAAAAGCAGAAUUAGUAGUAGAACCAUUUGUGCUUUUAGCUGCUGCAAAUAGAGCAGUCCAUCAAGCAGCUCAUAAUAGAAUGAGUACAAGGUCUCUGGCAGCAGAAUUAAUAUAUUCAUUAUCACCAACUAGAAAUAUAUCUGAAUCAUUAAUUAAUUUUGGAAUUUCUGAAGGAUCAGAAAAUUUAAUUGUGUGUGUUUUUGAUGAUGCAAAAGGUUCUAAAAUGGUUAAAUUAUCUAAAAAAAUUAAAGGAAAACCUGUAAAAUUUGAAAAAUGGAUGCAAUUAGUUCAUUAUCCUUCCAUCAAAAAGUUGUACAAUUUAAAAUCAAGUGAUUUAAAAAGUGAAGAUUUAUGUGAUAUAAUUGCUAAUCAAAUUGUUUCAAAAGAUUUGAUUUGUUAA